AUGCAAAAGGAAGAGAUGGAAUUUCAGCUCCUGGAGCAGAUUAAGGAGAAUGAAGAAGCCAGACACUCCACUCCGUUGAUGGGGCCUUUCAGCCGCCUCCUGGGGGUGCAGCCAGCCGGCUUCACCAGGUCUGCCUCCAGAAUGAACCUGCUCCGGAGGAGGGAUUACCCGUACCAGGAUGUGGGCAAGCCCAGAAGUGCCUGGACCUCUGCACAGGCUGCUUCCAGCUUGAGGGAACAGUGGGACAGUGAAGAUUCUAAGCUUCGGGAGCUGGACGCCUUCAUCUCCAGCCCUUUCGAUGAGAGGCCCGGCUUCUACAGUGCCCCCCAGACGCCCAUCAGCUCCUUCCCUCCGGUUUUCCCCCUGAGGCGUCCGCCAGGCAGAAGAGCCGCUGCUCUCUCCAGCGUCCAGACCACCUCAUCCCUCACCAAGGACAAUGGUACCAAUUUCUGCCCGUCGCAGGCCAGCGACAUGGAUGCGAGCCAAAACUCUGUGACUUCCAGCGUGAGGGAAGGUUUCGUCUGGCCCACAGAGAGAGGCACAGCUCCUGAUGCCUCCUUGGUGGCCACCCUGGAGGACCACCUGCCCAGGAAAAAUGAAGGCCUUAGUGCCCCGGGAACCCCCGAGGCCCAGACCACAGCCUUGGAGAGCCCUAACUUCCUCUUUCAGGCUGCAUCUCCCGACGUGGAGAAGCCAGACAACUUUAGGAGACCCAGAAGCCCCUGGCAGCCCUGGCUGGCCCUGCGGAACACAUCUGUGCUCUGUUCAGAGUCACUCCCUGCUGCAGUGGGCAGCCCCAGUGAUGAUCCUUCCCUGCCCAGCUCCAUCCCUCUGGCACCUCCAUUGCUCCCUCCAGUCAGGCACAACAAAGCUGCUGUGCCCGGCUCGGAGGACAAUGGACCCAGCGCCCUUGGCCAGGUCUCCAUGGAAACGUCGGGGCCUCCGAAAGAUGUGGGGACUGCCGAGCACUAUUCAGGAGGACAGCUAGCCGCCACCUCCCCAGCAGCCUGUCCGGUCAAGCUUCUCCCUUCUUACAGCAGUCAGCUGUUUCCUUCAACCACAAAAGACUCAAAAUAUCCUGAACCCUCAAGCUCUCAGCCCACAUGCUAAAAAAGAAGAAACAAAGCAAUGUGGUCCGGAGUGGUGACUCCCACUUUCACAUUCACUUAGCCUUCUGGUUUGGGAUGGAGGCCAGGCUGGGCCAGGGGGGUGGGGUGACUGGGCCUAAGGACGAGCAGUCUCAGCUCUUGUGCUGGGGAUGACACUUGUCUCCAAACACUAACAGUUUUGUGGGAGCUCAGAAUUCCCCUGCAUUUCAAGAGGCCCUCUCCCAGUCUGUACAUAGGAUUUUAGUGAAAUCCCUAGCCUACAGAGUGGGUAGGAUUAAGAAACCACUGGGAUUUAUUGGGGUUAUGUCAAACCACCAGCACUCUGCAGACAGGGGGCAGUGGUCUCAUGGGAGACUAACCCUUACCCUAACCCUAAUUCUGUCAAGCAACUCUGUCCCUAGCCUGGCCUGAGGGGCUGUCUGCCAAGCCCACUCCUGGGUUCAAGGAGUGGGACUCCACCGCACCCCACCACUGACUAGGCCACCAUCUUAUCCUAAACUUCAUUUCCUCAGUGAGCUUGCUGGGUGAACAGGAGCAGAUGAACAGAGCUGGAUGAGAAGCCCGUCCCAAUGGUCAUCACUACGCUUAGCUUCUCUUGAAGAAAGGGGAGGAGUCCCUGCAUAGCUUGAACAAAGGGCUUCUCGUCUCACGCCAACUAAAAUUUAGGGCAGAUCCUGGAUGGGGAAUUCUGGGCAACAAACCUCAAGUCCAUUGGGACUGCUUUAUGGGAAGUUCAUCCUUCUUCCUCGGACUAGGGUUACUUAAGGGGUGUCCAUCAUGCCCCCCCCAACCCAGAGGAUUCAUCAGCCCCAGUCCUGGAAACCCAAGGGGCUCAUUAGCCCAAUACACUAGGUGUAUCUACACUAGAUCAGCUUAAAUCAACCCAAAUUAUCUCUUUAUCGAGCCCUACAGCCCUAGCCAACUGGCUUCUUCAGCCUGUGU